UGUGUUUUUUUUACGUCGUUCCUUAAGGUCAUGUUUACUUUUCUCCGUGUGCCUCUCUUCCUGGUUGCAUGGCCGUGGUGGACGCUAGGCGUCAGAACCCAGGUUCCUCGACGCUCAUAGGAGUCUCAACUUGGUGAAAGCCUUCGCCGCGUCUUCCGUUCAGUGGUUCUGCUGGACUUAUCCGUCGAGAUCACCUUCUAAAGACGUCGUUGAUGAAAGCAACACACGAUCGGACAAAGGAUUCAUACGUUUUACAAUUUGAUCCCAGUUUUGCAGAUCGCUGUGGCAGAACAUUCCUGCGUGGGAAGAACACUAGAAGAAAGAACCAAAUAUCUGAGAGCUGACACGCCCGCCUGCAACACGCUCUGCCGGGGACACGGUUCUCCCGACGGCUCCUUGGGUCUCGCGUCCCAUUUCGAGAACCAUAGUCCAAACUGGACAGGCUGGUGUUGAGCGUCUCUGUGCUGUGGAAUGGCUCUUCUCACCCUGCACAGAACACCUUCUGUCUCCACCGCGCCUGAUGAAAGCAUCCCUAGGAGAGGAAAUCUACAGAAAAGGGAGAGCUUCGCAUGGGUCAAGGGGGUUGUCCUUCUGCUGGAAGAGGGAGAGAGGGAGGGGUCCAAUGAGGGUCUCUCGCCCGAUCGCAGCCCCUCUCCCAAGCCGGAGGGGGGGCCGCCGCCAGACACGCGCCACAGACACCUCCAGGCCAUGGUCUCGCUGCUCAGACCCGAGGACACCGUCAAACUGGCGGUCCAGCUGGAGUCUUCAAGUCCGGUACGGGUCCGCUACCUGAUAGUGAUCUCCACCUGUAGUAACAAACAUGAGAGCGUCCUGCUGGGAAUGGACUUCCCCAAGGCAGACAGCGACGAGUGCACCAUCGGGUUGGUGCUGCCGGUGUGGAGCGACACCCAGGUUUACCUGGACGGAGACGGCGGAUUCAGUGUGACCACGGCAGAGGAGACCAGAAUCUUCAAGCCUGUGUCUAUCCAGACCAUGUGGUCGGUCCUUCAGGCCCUGCACGGCUGCUGUGAGCGGGCGGUGAAGGGAGCGGUGAUCCCCGGCUGCGGGCUGGACUGGGCCGCCCACUACCAGCGCUACGUGGAGUCGGACCGCAACUGCCUCAACGAGUGGGAGGCCAUGAACGACCUGCAGUCGAUGCGCAAGGAGAGCGAAGGACAGGGGUUCUCCCAGCGCUCCUCCAUCGAGGCCCAGAUCAAGGACCACCUCCGGGACAUCAUGAGGACAGAGGACCUGGACAACCUGACCUCCAAGAUGGUUCGGACCGGUCUGGAGACCAGGAUGAACAUGGACAUGAUGGCCUACAGGGAGUACAUCGACAAUGAGAUGAUGGUCACCUUCGCCCAGAUGGACAAACCCUCCCGGAUCUUUGACUACCUUUACCUGGGCUCAGAGUGGAAUGCUGCCAACUUUGAGGAGCUGCAGAAAAACAAUGUGGGCUACAUCCUCAACGUGACUCGGGAGAUCGACAACUUCUUCCCCGAGGCGUUCACCUACAUGAACAUCAGGGUGUACGAUGUGGAGGCCACCGACCUGCUACCCCACUGGACCGACACCUACCAGUUCAUCAACACCGCCAGGAAGAGCGGGCAGGCGGUGCUUGUGCACUGUAAGAUGGGCGUGUCCCGCUCAGCGUCCACAGUCAUCGCCUACGCCAUGAAGCAGCAGCGCUGGCCCGUGGACGAGGCGCAGGCCUACGUACGGGAGUGCCGGCCCAUCACCAGGCCCAACGACGGCUUCGCCCGGCAGCUGCAGACCUACAACGGCAUCCUGAACGCCAGCCAGCAGCGCCACAGCGCCCUCUGGCGGCGGAAGUCAAGAGAUCAGAGAAAUUUGUCACUUCACAAGGAGGACGAACCAGAAGACGAAAGAGAUAGCCAAGGGGACGAGGGAGAGGAGGAUUUUGAAGAGGAAGAUACUGAUGAGGACGAAGAAGAAGAGGAGGAGGAGGAGAUACCUGAUAUUGUUGGCAUUGACAAAGUAUUUGAGGAUCAGCCUGCAACCAAUCAGGAGCCUUCGCUAAUGGAAGCCCCUGCCCCAGCAGCUGCCACUCCCAAUCCCAAUCCUACGAUCACAGUGCAGGACAGUGACAAGACGGUCCUGAACCGAAGCGGGAGGAUGAACCUCUUCUCUCUGAUGCAGUCCAUCAGCGAGCUGGACGACGACAAGUUACCCAGCAGCCCGCGGCGAUCUCCGAUGCAACGGAGGCGGAGCCAGGCGCGGAAGGGCCUGACUCACCAGAGAGCCUGUGUGGACGUUUCCCCCGAGCCCCGCAGCCAAUCAGAGAAGAGGAUACAGGAUGCGGAUGGGAAAAGCAUGUGAUUGGUUGAACGGAAGAGAGAAGGAGAGUGUUGAUCGAGGGAUUCACUCAAAUACCCUGAUGUCCAAGUAGGCAGAGGUUGUGAAGCGUGACUGAUUGAAGUAUUCUCUCGACAAGCUAUUUGAACGCAGCUGCAUUAUCGCUCUCACUAAUUUAUUGUCACUCUUUUAAAAUAUUGGUCCAAUCUUUUUUUUUUAUGCAUCCAUUUCAUUCCGUUGGGGAAUACCUUUUAUAUGCUCGCUGUAUCGUGAGCUGGUCAGUAUUGGGGACGUUAAAAGCGCAACUGGCCACCAAAUUGGUUUUUAUGUAUUCAAGACAUUAUUUCUGUUUAUUUCAUGCACGCCUCAGAUCCAGUGGCAUCCCUUUCUCUGCUGUUAUUUACUUUGAAUACCCCCCUGGUCCACUCAUGGACCUCACAUAGUAUAGUUCUAUACCUCCCAACUAAAGGCAUGUAUAUGCAAUUCAAAGUAUUUUUCCAUUCAACAUGUUUGAGGCUCUAUGCUGCCAGUGUAGAUGAGAUUUGUAAAGAGAGUAACAGUUUACUCUAUGUAUUUACUUAUGGGAGAUUUUAGCUGGGUGCAUAAUAACAAUGUAUUCCAAUAUACCAAUUUCCAACAUACCAACUCUUUUCAUUGUAAAACAACAAAUCUAUAAGUGCCUUAAACAUGAAUUUAGUUUAAGAAAAUUAAGGCUUUUUUUUUUCUUGGAUUUAUUUUUAGGAUAUAUAUUCACUACAAGUUGGUGACUGUUAGUAAGUGUGUGAUUAUGGUUCUAUUUUGUACUUCGCAAUGGGGGAUGUUUUGCUGUUCCUACUUUGAAAGUAUUACAUGCAUAUAUAAAUAUAUAUAGAAAUGCUGAACCAAUGCUGGGGCAUGUCAUUUUCCUUUUUCGUAUCUUCCUUCAAUGAAAGAGGAAUGAAUACAUUCAGGAUUAUGUCCUGAUGUGUAUUUAAUGGAUGUGCUUUUUCACCCCUACACUCUGAUCGGGUUUAUGAUGCUUUGGUGUUCACACUGGCCGACGUAGAACUUGCUGUUUUCAUGGCAUGCAUGAAACACCAUGCACUUUAUUAUUUAAUCACACACACCAUGUCCAUUCCCUGAGCCUAUGGUCACCUUGUGUUAUGAUGAAUUGUAUCAGACGUAUUUCUAUGACCUCCCACGAUGUCUCAGCACAUUGCAUAUUUUACCGUUUACAACACUUGCUCUACGAGUGAUCCAAUAAAAUAUUCUACUUUAAGCAGCCGUUUUGUUUUAAUCAAUAUACCAGACUACAAAAGGAUAUAACUUAUUAACAACACUGCAUACUUUCCACGUUGCUUUGUUUAAGUGUAGACCGACUCAUCGUGCUACUUUCAGAAAUAGAUUGCAGAACAACAAGUUAACCAUUCUUUUAAUUCAGAUUUGCAAUAACAAUAUUCAAUAUUCACAUGGGGCCUGACGGGGCCUUGACUCGGGGUGCGAUGUACUGCCUCCUGGGCUCACUGAGGACCAGUCCUCCGUCCUUCAGCGCCGUCCUAAAGGACUGGAUCUACCACACAGAGGAAGACACAGGACCCGGUUAACAACACGCCUCUGGACUGCUCACCACAGGCCAUGGUUACACCAGCAUAUUCUAUCUCUCCCGUUCACAAGUUGAAAACGGUUU